UUGCUUAAAUUUUCAUCUUUUCUGAAUGGUUUUAAAUAAUACAUAAUAAAGUAUUUAAAAAAUGACAUCGCUCUUUACCUGUAUAACAUGUCGCUUAGCCUUUCACAACUUAGAGAUACAAAGGCAACAUUACAAAUCAGAUUGGCAUCGCUAUAACUUAAAAAGAAAAGUUAUUGAUUAUCCACCUGUUACGGUCGAAGAAUUUCAAAAAAGAGUUGCAAUCCAUGGUAUAGCAGAUAAAGUGAACGAAGUACAAAGUGUUACAUGUAAAAUAUGUAGAAAACAUUUUAAUACAAAAAAUCAAUAUGAAAAUCAUUUAGUAUCCAAAAAACAUAAAGAAAAGAGUCUUAAAAUAAAUACCACACUUUCAUUAAAUGAGGAUGAGCCAAUGCUAAGUAGUAUUGAAGAAAUUGUUCAUUCUGUUGAUUCUGUACCAUUGACAAAAUUGAAAAAUAAUGAAAAUAGUAAUGACUCUGUUGAUGAUAUUGAAAUGGAUUCGGAUACCGAUUCAGUUGACUCCGAUGAAUGGGUUGAAGUUAUAGAUAAUCCUGUUAUUAGUAAUAAUUGCUUAUUUUGUAGUCACCAUAGUAAAAGUUGGGUACGAAAUUUAAAACAUAUGACAUUAGAACAUUCUUUUUUUAUCCCUGAUCCUGAAUAUUGUAUAGACAUCAGAGGUUUACUUAUUUACUUAGGAGAAAAAAUUUUUGCUGGUUAUAUGUGCAUAUGGUGUAACAAUAAAGGCAAAGCCUUUAGAAGUGCAGACGCAGUAAGAGCUCAUAUGUUGGACAAAGGUCAUUGUAAAAUGUUACACGAGGGUGAAGCAUUGGUAGAAUAUACAGAUUUUUAUGAUUAUUCAUCUAGCUAUCCGGAUAACGAAACAUCAGAUCCUAACGAAGAAGUAGAAAUUCCGGUAUUGAAUGACACAGAAUAUCAAAUAGUUUUACCAUCAGGUUCAGUUAUUGGUCAUCGAUCACUUAUGCGUUAUUACAAACAGAGUCUGAAUCCAAAUCGUGCAUUAGCUGUACCAAAGACUGAAAAGUUAAAAAAGGUUUUGAAAAUGUAUCGAUCAUUGGGUUGGACUGGAACUCAGCGGGAAGCUGUUAAACAAAAGAUAAUUGAUAUCAGGUAUAUGCAAAGGAUUCAACAAAAAUACUCGACCAAAUUGAAUUUUAAAUCGAAUAAAUUGCAAACUUAUUUCCGUCAACAAAUAAAUUUUUAA